AUGACCGCUCCCUGGCGGCGCCUCCGGAGUCUGGUUUGGGAAUACUGGGCCGGGCUCCUCGUGUGCGCCUUCUGGAUCCCGGACUCGCGCGGGAUGCCCCACGUCAUCCGGAUCGGAGGAAUCUUUGAGUAUGCAGAUGGCCCCAACGCCCAGGUCAUGAAUGCUGAGGAGCAUGCCUUUCGAUUUUCUGCCAACAUCAUCAACAGGAACAGGACUCUGCUGCCCAACACAACCUUGACCUAUGAUAUCCAGAGGAUUCACUUUCACGACAGCUUCGAGGCCACCAAAAAGGCCUGUGACCAGCUGGCGCUGGGGGUGGUGGCCAUCUUCGGGCCGUCACAGGGCUCCUGCACCAACGCAGUCCAGUCCAUCUGCAAUGCCCUGGAGGUGCCCCACAUUCAGCUACGCUGGAAGCACCACCCACUGGACAACAAGGACACCUUCUACGUGAACCUCUACCCCGACUACGCCUCUCUCAGCCACGCCAUCCUCGACCUGGUCCAGUACCUCAAGUGGCGAUCGGCCACCGUGGUCUAUGACGACAGUACAGGGCUCAUCCGACUGCAGGAGCUCAUCAUGGCCCCAUCGAGGUACAACAUUCGCCUGAAGAUCCGCCAGCUCCCCCUUGACUCCGAUGACUCACGCCCCCUACUCAAGGAGAUGAAGCGGGGCCGUGAAUUCCGCAUCAUCUUCGACUGCAGCCACACCAUGGCCGCCCAGAUCCUCAAGCAGGCCAUGGCCAUGGGCAUGAUGACGGAAUACUACCACUUUAUCUUCACCACUCUGGAUCUAUAUGCGUUAGACCUGGAGCCCUACCGCUACUCAGGGGUGAACCUGACGGGGUUCCGGAUCCUCAACGUGGACAACCCCCAUGUCUCGGCCAUCGUGGAGAAGUGGUCCAUGGAGAGGCUGCAGGCGGCUCCCCGGGCAGAGUCCGGCCUGUUGGACGGAGUGAUGAUGACUGACGCGGCCUUACUGUAUGAUGCCGUCCACAUCGUGUCUGUGUGCUACCAGCGGGCACCCCAGAUGACCGUGAACUCCCUGCAGUGCCAUCGGCACAAGGCCUGGCGCUUUGGCGGCCGCUUCAUGAACUUCAUCAAGGAGGCUCAAUGGGAAGGAUUAACUGGACGGAUUGUUUUCAACAAAACCAGUGGCUUACGGACGGAUUUUGAUCUGGACAUCAUCAGCCUGAAGGAGGACGGCCUGGAGAAGGUUGGGGUGUGGAGUCCUGCGGAGGGGCUCAACAUCACGGAGGUCGCCAAAGGCCGAGGCCCGAAUGUCACCGACUCUCUGACGAACAGGUCCCUCAUCGUCACCACCGUGCUGGAGGAGCCCUUUGUCAUGUUCCGGAAGUCCGACCGGACGCUGUUCGGGAAUGACCGCUUCGAGGGCUACUGCAUCGACCUGCUGAAGGAGCUGGCCCACAUCCUCGGCUUCUCCUACGAGAUCCGGCUGGUGGAGGACGGGAAGUACGGGGCACAGGACGACAAGGGCCAGUGGAACGGCAUGAUCAAGGAGCUCAUCGACCAUAAGGCAGAUCUGGCCGUGGCCCCCCUGACCAUCACCCAUGUCCGCGAGAAGGCCAUCGACUUCUCCAAGCCCUUCAUGACACUCGGUGUGAGCAUCCUGUAUCGAAAACCCAAUGGCACCAACCCUAGUGUCUUCUCCUUCCUCAACCCGCUGUCCCCAGACAUCUGGAUGUACGUGCUGCUCGCCUACCUGGGUGUCAGCUGUGUCCUCUUUGUCAUUGCCAGGUUCAGCCCUUACGAGUGGUACGAUGCGCAUCCCUGCAACCCUGGCUCCGAGGUGGUGGAAAACAACUUCACUCUGCUCAACAGCUUCUGGUUCGGCAUGGGGUCCUUGAUGCAGCAAGGGUCGGAACUGAUGCCCAAAGCCCUGUCCACGCGCAUCAUCGGCGGCAUCUGGUGGUUCUUCACGCUCAUCAUCAUCUCCUCCUAUACGGCCAACCUGGCCGCCUUUCUGACCGUGGAGCGCAUGGAAUCUCCCAUCGACUCUGCUGAUGACCUGGCCAAGCAAACCAAAAUCGAGUAUGGGGCUGUCAAAGACGGGGCCACCAUGACCUUCUUCAAGGGUCAGAGUCUUGCCUUCAAGCAGAAGGAGGGUCGGAGGGCCAAAACGCAAGGACCGGGCGAGGUUCGCUGGCUGCCAUGCGAGUCGCCCUGUGGAGAGGCCCACGUGGCCAGGAACAGAGGGCAGCCUCCAGCCAGCAGCGAACACAGAGCUGAAGCCUUCAGUGCAACAGCGCGGGAGGAACUGACUGCUGACAACAACCAUCGCUCCUUCUGCAGCACCGUAGCCGACGAGAUCCGUUUCUCCCUCACCUGCCAGCGUCGGGUCAAGCACAAGCCGCAGCCUCCCAUGAUGGUCAAGACUGACGCUGUCAUCAACAUGCACACAUUCAACGAUCGCCGGCUUCCGGGCAAGGACAGCAUGGCCUGCAGCACACCAUUGGCCCCUGUAUUCCCCUAA